UGUGCGGCAGCACGCCGGAAGCCGUUGGAAGACGACGAUGGCGGGUUUGCCGGUCAGAGACCCUGCGGUGGAUCGUUCUCUUCGUUCAGUAUUCGUGGGGAAUAUUCCCUAUGAAGCUACAGAGGAGCAAUUAAAAGACAUCUUUUCUGAAGUUGGGCCUGUUGUUAGUUUCAGGUUGGUAUAUGACAGGGAAACGGGAAAGCCAAAGGGUUAUGGCUUCUGUGAAUACCAAGACCAAGAGACUGCACUUAGUGCCAUGCGCAACCUGAAUGGGCGUGAAUUCAGUGGGAGAGCACUUAGAGUGGACAAUGCUGCCAGUGAAAAGAACAAAGAAGAACUAAAGAGCCUUGGCACUGGGGCCCCUGUGAUUGAGUCACCUUAUGGAGAGAGUAUUAAUCCUGAGGAUGCCCCUGAAUCUAUCAGCAAAGCGGUGGCUAGUCUUCCACCAGAGCAGAUGUUUGAACUGAUGAAACAAAUGAAGCUGUGUGUCCAGAAUAGUCCCCAGGAAGCAAGGAACAUGUUGCUUCAGAAUCCUCAAUUGGCUUAUGCUUUGCUGCAAGCACAGGUAGUGAUGAGAAUUGUGGAUCCAGAGAUUGCGCUGAAAAUUCUGCAUCGCCAGACAAAUAUUCCAACACUGAUUGCAGGCAACCCUCAAGCAGUUCACAAUGCUGGACCUGUUUCAGGAGCCAGUGUGCAAAUGAACCAGCAGAAUUCUCAGGAGGAUAUGUCGAAAGAAGAGUGGUCGGGAGCCAGAGAUAUUAAUUGCAGUUUCCAGGUUCCAGAGUACAUGGGUGGAAUGCAUGUCAAUGGUGCCCCUCCUUUGAUGCAAGCUUCUAUGCAGGCUGGAGUUCCACCACCAGGGCAAAUGCCAGCUGCUGUAGCAGGACCUGGUGCCUUAGCUCCUGGAGGGGGAAUGCCAGCCCAGAUGGGAAUGCCAGGAAGUGGACCGGUGCCCAUGGACCGGGGACAAGGAACCCUACAACACUCGCCCGUGGGACCCGCCGGGCCUGCAUCAAUUGAGCGAGUUCAAGUACCCAUGCAAGAUCCCAGAGCAGCAAUGCAGCGUGGGGCCUUGCCUGCCAGUGUGGCAACUCCUCGAGGUCUAUUAGGUGAUGCGCCAAAUGACCCACGUGGAGGUACUUUACUUUCUGUAACUGGAGAAGUAGAGCCAAGAGGUUACCUCGGACCACCUCACCAAGGUCCUCCUAUGCACCAUGUCCCUGGCCAUGAUAGCCGUGGCCCACCCCCACAUGAGAUGAGGGGAGGGCCAUUAGGUGAGCCUAGACCUCUAAUGGCAGAGCCAAGAGGACCCAUGCUAGAUCAGAGGGGUCCGCCCUUGGAUGGCAGAGGUGGAAGAGAUCCCAGAGCCAUGGAUGCCCGGGCCAUGGAGGCACGAGCCAUGGAGGCAAGGGGAUUGGAUGCUAGAGGAUUGGAGGCUCGUGCAAUGGAAGCCCGAGCAAUGGAAGCCCGAGCGAUGGAGGCCCGAGCAAUGGAGGCCCGAGCAAUGGAAGUUAGAGGGAUGGAUCCAAGGGGCCCUGUCCCUGGCCCUAGAGGCCCUCUGCCUGCUGGAAUCCAAGGGCCUGGUUCAAUUAACAUGGGGGCAGUUGGCCCUCAGGGGUCCAGACAGGUCCAAGUCAUGCCAGGGGCAGGCAUGCAAGGAGCCAGUAUUCAGGGUGGACAGCCUGGGGGCUUUAGUCCUGGGCAAAGCCAGGUGACUCCACAGGACCAUGAAAAGGCUGCUUUGAUCAUGCAAGUUCUUCAGCUUACUGCAGACCAGAUUGCCAUGCUGCCUCCUGAACAGAGGCAAAGUAUCCUGAUCUUAAAGGAACAAAUACAGAAAUCCACUGGAGCACCUUGAAAGGUUUUCAAAAAUACCUGGCAACCAAUCUGGAAAAUAAUUCCAUAACUUUCUUAAUAUGUUGCAAAAAGAUGACUUCUGCAUCCUAACCCUUGAAUGAUUCAAAUUGGUGCCAGGUGGAGGACUCCCAUCACCUUCUUUCAGAACAAAAUCAUUCUGUUGUCUUAGUUUGUAUAUUUUAUGUGACUUGUAAUAAACUUUGGACACAA